GGGGGAGCUCAGGGAGGGGCGGGCACACAGAUUACACCCGGCCGGGGAGAAAGGGACGUGUAGCAGCAGCAGCAGCGAGAUCACAGUCACACACCGAGCACACAGCCCGGGGAGCAGACAGACGGACACAGCCCGAGCCCCUUCUCCCCCCCUGGAUUCUCGGCCUUCCGUCCCGAGAACAAAGCUCAUUCUGUCCAGUUCAGCACUGCGAUGCUUUAACGAAUUCAAGGGGGCUCCUCCACUAUAUGCGGUCUGUGGACGCUCUGGCAUCUUCCUGCAUUACGUAGAUUAAUUCAAUCCGUGCCUGAAUACAGCUCCCUCACACAGCGCUCUUUCAGCUCCGUGCCAACGCAGAUUGAAAUUUUCCAAGCUAGUUGUUUGCCAGGCAAACCAAAGGCUCCUGGGAAGUGUUUACGCUAGCAUUCCCUGUCUACAUCCUCUCUCCGCUCCUCAUCCAGAGGUAAAAUUACAUAAGAAGCAGAUAGUUACAUAGGGUGCUGGCUGUAACUGAUCAUUAUUUGCUCAAUGCACAGUCGUCGCCAUCUCAGCAAGCAACCAACAGAGCUUCCUGGAUUCUGGAAGAGCACAGGUCUGUGCAGGUCUGCGAUCCCCCCCCUCCUCCCUUUCCUGGAGCUUGUCUUCUGGCAGGAAGUGCCAGUCUAAUCUGCAAACAUUCUGUGCUGUAAGAAAUCCGCGGUGAUGACCGACGAGGGAGAGGGGCCCGUUGGCGGCAGCUUCUGGGAAGCUGGCCACUAUCGCCGUAACGUAAAGCGGAUUGAGGAUGGAAGCCGGCUGUGUAACGAUCUGGUCACCUGCUUCCGAGAGCGAGCCAAAAUUGAGAAGAGCUAUGCCCAGCAGUUGACAGACUGGAGCCGCAAGUGGAAGACCAGCUUGGAGAAGGGUCCUCAGUAUGGCACCCUGGAGAAAGCUUGGCAUGCCUUCCUAACGGCCGCAGACACGCUCAGCGAGAUUCACACCGAGCUGCGGAACCAGCUGUGGGAUGAAGACAGUGGGAAAGUGCGGGAUUGGCAGAAGGAAGCCUUUCACAAGCAGAUGAUCGGAGGCUUUCGAGAGACAAAGGAAGCGGAAGAGGGAUUUAGCAAGGCUCAGAAACCCUGGGUGAAAAAGCUCAAAGAUGUGGAAGCUGCUAAAAAACGAUACCACGUGGCUCGCAAGGAUGAGCGGGCAGCGCAAGUGCGAGAGGAUCACUCAAAGGCUGAUGCUUCGGUUUCACAGGAGCAGCUGCGUAAACUCCAGGAGCGGGUGGAAAGGUGCAACCAGGAAGCAGAGAAGGACAAAGGUGUAUAUGAGAAGGCUCUGGAUGAGCUGAAUCGUUACAACCCACGUUAUAUGGAGGACAUGGAGCAACAGUUUGAAAGCUGCCAGGAGGCGGAGCAGAAGCGACUGGCUUUUUUUAAGGAGAUGUUGCUGGACAUACACAAACACCUUGACCUCUCCAGCAAAGAGAGCUUCCAUGCUUUGUACAGAGACCUGUACCAGGGUAUUCAAGCAGCUGAUGACCAACAGGAUCUGAAAUGGUGGAGAAACACCUAUGGGCCAGGCAUGGCCAUGAACUGGCCUCAGUUUGAGGAGUGGUCUCCAGAGACGCAGAGGCCAAUCAGCAAGAAGGAGCGCAGCAGUAAAAAUGUGGAGGAAGUGACCCUCACUGGUAUUGUGCCAGCAAAGGAUGGAGUUUCUGCAGGGAGCCCUACCCAACAGCUGAACAAAGGGUUUUCCUACGGUGAUGAAGACCAGGAUUUCUAUGCCACUCUGACGGAUAACAGGCGUUCAGAUCCUGGGAAAGAUGACACAUCAGAGUGGUCAGAAGAUGAAAGUCCUAAAAAGUCACUGGACAGUAAUGGUCGGGAGGUGUCACAGGUAGAGGGCGUGCGUGUGCGAGCACUGUAUGAUUACUGUGGACAGGAAGCUGACGAGCUGAGCUUUUCGGCAGGAGAAGAGCUCAUAAGACUUGGAGCAGAAGAUGAACAGGGCUGGUGCAGGGGAAGUCUCCUCUCUGGGAAAACUGGACUUUAUCCAGCGAACUACGUGGAGGAUGUUGUGUCCUGAGAGCCGACCAAGCCUUGCGCUUCUUCCAGGCUGUGUGCUUGUGUGUCCUAGUUCUUCAUCAGGACGGGGGCAAUUUAUGAACGUUGGAUCCUCCUUGUGCAUCCAUUGCUGCUUUUACAUAUUUUAGACAUGCAGUUAAAAAAAAUGUUUUCUUUUCUAUACAAAAAUGACCCAGAAAAUAUUAUGCCUGGCUGCGGUCUGCAGCACAAUGAGGUUUAAGCGAACAAAGGGUGUGAAUACGAAUGUUUUUUUUUUUUUUUUUUUUUUU